UGUUUUUCUACGGAAUAGUGCCUUUCUGAAACCCUUCACGGGACGCGCGAGGAAAGUAAAAUGUGAACUUGCUUUCGGACUUAUUUCUUUUUUUAUAUUAUUAUUUCAUCGGGGGAGGGGGGAGGUGUUCUUCAAGAUCUGGUCUUUUGGCGUGUUCAACCACACGGUUCGGUCUUUUUCCUCCAAGAGUCCAGGCCCUUAAUGAAGCUGGGGGUCAGCAGCAGUGUGCGGCUAAUUGGCCAAAUCUGCCCGGGGCUCUGGCUGCCUGUGAUUGAAGUGUCCAGUGAGGUCCCACUGUGCAGCCACCGUUGCACCCUGCCCUGUUCCACUCCAACAGCCAAGACGCUUACUGCACCCUUCUCUGGCUCUCCCUAAGAUGGCAAGCUGGGUCUCCCUCCUCCUCUUCCUUUUCUGCCAGUCAAUCACACAAGGCCAGGAGGUGAGCAACAAUAUUCCAGUCCUGGAGUUCACGUCGGCGACCCCCAUCAACAAUGUGGUCCAGGACCCGCAGACCGGUCGCAUCUACCUGGGAGCAGUCAACAGCAUCUUCCAGCUGGGGCCAUCACUCCACCAGGAGGCUCAUGCUGAGACGGGCCCCAAAGAGGACGCCCGGACCUGUACGCCUCCUGCUUCAGCCUGUCAGGACACUAAGCCCAUGGCCAACCAUAACAAGCUUCUGCUGGUCAACCCAUCCAAUGGUUCACUCAUAGUGUGCGGCAGCCGCUACAGAGGCAUCUGCUCCCUCCUCAACCUCACCAAUGUGGAUCAGCAGGUGUAUUACAGCGACAAUAAAGGAGAGAGGACUUAUGUGGCUAGCAUAGAGGACAAUGUGAACGUGGUGGGUGUUAUGUCCACCUACUCAAAAGAUGGACACACCUUCAGUGUGUUUCUUGUUGGGAAGGGCUACGGAAGCUUGGACAGCACAAAACUCAUAAGCACACGAAUCCUUCAGGACUAUAGGGACUGGGUUGUGUUUGAGAGCAUCAUCGAGGCAUCUACAGUACAGACAACACCAUUUGUUCCCAAGUACCUGCAUGACUUCCGCCAUGCAUUCAAAGAUGAUGGGUUUGUUUAUUUCCUUUUCUCGCGGACUCUUGAUGGUACGGAUAACAAAAACCUUACCUUUGUGUCUCGUCUUUGCGAAGACGACCACCAUUACUAUUCCCACACAGAGCUCCAGUUAAACUGUGGUCAAAAUAACAGAUACAGCAAAGUGCAAGCUGCGUAUGUAGCUUCUCCAGGAAAAGAGCUUGCACGUGUCAUGACCGAGUCAGGUAUGUAUGGGAAAGUGUUCUCGUGGAACAAAGUUCUGUUCAUGGUUGCGAGUCCAGAUGAUGAUGACGGGGACUCUGCUCUCUGUAUGUACCCGCUCAACUACAUCAAUGAGCGGCUGGUGGAUAUCAUCACCGCCUGCUACAGUGACUAUGGGAAAAUUGCAGGGUUUCCUGCCGUGGACAUGCCCUACUCAUAUAAAAUUUCUGGAUUCUGCACUUCAAAAAUUGAUAAAGAUAUGUUGGAAACCUUCAAGUGUGGUGCAGACUUUCUGCCUUCCCCUCUAGCCAGCAAGCCAAGCUAUGCCUUAAAGGUAGAAGCAGUGCUGGUCAGGCCAGGCCUUCUGACUGCUGUGGCUGUCGCUGUGGAAAACGAUCACACCGUUGCCUUUUUGGGCAACAGCCAGGGAGAGGUCUUCAAGGUACAUCUGACCGAGGAGUCGUAUGUCUACAGCAAGACUCCUGGUGACACCAUAGGCGAGAAGGUCAACAAGAACCUUUUCUUUGACCUCAGUCAAAGCCACCUCUAUAUUACUACAGAGAAGAAGAUCACCAAGGUGCCAGUGCAGACCUGCCUCCAGAAGAGAGACUGCCAAUCAUGUGUGGAACUGAGGGACCCUUAUUGUGGCUGGUGUGUCCUGGAAGGCAGGUGUACCAGGAGGUCUGAGUGCCGACGGGCAGAGGAGAAAAAUGGCUGGCUGUGGAGCCCCAGGCAGCAAUGUGUCAAGAUUGUCUCCUUCUAUCCCCCAAACCUUUCCUGUAAAAAGACUCAGAAGGUGAAGAUCAACAUUCCCUCCCUUCCUACCAUUGGAUCCUCUGACCGCCUGCAGUGCAGAAUUAGUUCUUUCCAGAGCGAAGGCACCAUGUCUGACUCUGGGCAGAUCUCCUGUGAUCUGCCCUACCCGUCACUUAUACCACAGACACCUGAGGACCAAGACUUUGUAGCCGUGGCCAUUGGGAUUUUCAUCAAUGAGUCUGUGGAGCUGGCCACGCGGGAGUUCAAGUUUUACAACUGCGCUGCCACUGUGAGGAAAUCUGAGAACACACCAUGCAUGGCCUGUGUGGCCAGUCAGUGGGGCUGCCAGUGGAAUACAAAUGACCACACGUGCAGCGACAUGGACGACAGCGUGGUGGGUCCCAACAUCAUCAAGCAUCGUCAGGGAUUAAAGUGUCCUCAGUUUGAGAAUCCAGAUCCUGUGCUGAUUCCUGUGGGCUACAAGACUCGCAUCAGCUUUGAGGGGAUAAAUUUGGAAGGUUACCAGGACCAUGUUUUCACCAUUGGCACAGAGCUGAUGAGAAAUGUUGAGGAAGAGGUGAAUUUUGAGGACGGGUCGUUCUACACCUUCAGCGGCUUUAAUUUUUCCUACAAUAAGUCACCAGAGACCAAUGUUCUUUUCUACGUGAAGGACAAGGAGUCAGGCAAGAAGAUGGACAGCAUGCUGAAUGUGACCCUGUACAACUGCUCCAUGGGGAGGGAAGACUGUAGCCUCUGUAAGAAUGCCGACCCAAAAUACAGGUGUGUGUGGUGCGCCAGGCAGAAAGCGUGCGUGUACGAGAAGCUGUGCAGUACACAACAAGGCUCAGAUCCCUACAACAUUGAGUGCCCUGACCCCCAGAUCACUGAUAUCAUCCCUCGUUUUGGCCCCCUGCGGGGAGGCAUCUCCAUCACCGUCCGUGGCUCCAACCUCGGCAUCCACAAGGAAGACAUUAAAAGUAUCACAGUGGUUGGAGAGCCCUGUAUUCAUCAGGAGGAGAAGUACUCUGUCUCCACUAGUGUGGUGUGCGAGACUGGCCCUGUUGACCCUGCGAAGAACCACUCGGGCCCUGUGGAGGUGAAGGUGAAGGGGGGGAAGAGAGGAAUAUCCUCCAUGUACUUCACCUACAGGAACCCAAUUCCGGAGGCGGUGAAGCCUGCUAAAGGUCCUAAAGCUGGGGGCACCCUCAUCACAAUUUCUGGGCAAUUUCUGGACACUGGUAGUAUGGAUGAUGCCCAGGUUACCAUCGGAGGGGUGGACUGCACUGUGGAGCACUUUGGAGAAGAAAUCACCUGCAGGACAGGAGAAUACCGAGCAGAUAAAGUGCCCUCCGACUUUCUCCGCAUCAUUGUAAAAUAUGGAAAGAGUACCACAACAACCAUUCCAAGUGCCUUCCAAUUCUUGGAAAACCCUACUGUGCUGGAUCACACCCCCAAAGGAAGCUUUGUGUGUGGAGGGAGGAACAUUGUGGUAACCGGCUCUGGCUUUGACCUGAUCCAGACUGCCAUUAUGAAGGUCCAAGGAGACAAAUCAACAGCUUUAGAGAACGCCCACGAGAAGAAUGACACGACCAUCCAGUUCUGGUCUCCAACAGUUAACAACACCCUGAACCAGCAUUUCAAAACCUACAUUCAUCUGGACAACUAUGUGAAGGAACUAAAGCCCUUCGAUUACCACCCUGACCCCAUCUUCAAUGAGCUAACCAAAAAGGUCAUCACUGAGGCCAGCAUCAUCAUCGUCACUGGUCGAGGAUUCUCCAAAGGUAUGACAGCCAAAGAGGCUCAAGCAUUUGUGGGCGACGUUCCCUGCCUGGUCAACACACUUCAGGAUGACAAGCUGUUCUUGGACCCACCAUCCACCCAGCCUCGUGCUCGCUCCAGACGGCAGCGCAGAGACACCCGGCCUGAGCUGCUGGAUCUAAUGAUCAAGUUCGGGAAUGGAGAGUGGGUUGUUGGCUCGGUGCAGUAUGAGAAGAAGAAUGAUUUGUCACUCUACAUUAUCAUUCCCGCUGUGAUUGUGCCCAUGCUGCUCAUCAUUGCUGUCUCCGUCUACUGCUAUAGGAGAAAGAGUCAACAGGCAGAGAGGGAGUACGAGAAGGUGAAACAUCAGCUCGAGAAUCUGGAGGAGAGUGUACGAGAUCGCUGCAAGAAGGAAUUUACAGAUUUGAUGAUCGAGAUGGAGGACCACACCAACGAGUUGAGCGAAGGACGAAUCCCAUUCUUGGACUAUAAAACCUACACUGACCGGGUCUUCUUCCUGCCCUCUAAGGAUGGUGCCAAUGAUGUGAUGAUCACAGGGAAGCUAGACAUCCCAGAGGCUCGACGGGCCACAGUGACCCAGGCACUCAACCAGUUCUCAAACCUCUUGAACUCCAAGACCUUCCUUAUUAAUUUUAUACAUACCCUGGAGCGCAGUCAUGACUUUAACGCCAGGGCCAGGGUGUACUUUGCCUCCCUGCUGACAGUGGCUCUGCAUGGGAAACUGGAAUACUACACUGACAUUAUGAGAACGCUGCUGCUAGGGCUGAUGGAGGAAUACGUCCACAGCAAGAACCCCAAACUUAUGCUGCGCAGGUCAGAGACAGUGGUGGAAAGAAUGCUGUGUAAUUGGAUGUCUAUCUGCCUUUACCAGUUUUUGAAGGACUCUGCAGGCGAGCCCUUGUAUAAACUGUUCCGAGCCAUCAAGCACCAGAUCGAGAAAGGGCCCGUGGAUGCCAGAUUGAAGAAAGCCAAGUACACUCUCAACGACACCGGCCUGUUGGGCGACGACGUAGAAUACUCCGUCCUGACCCUUCAAGUGCUGGUGCAUGGCGAGGGUCCAGAUGUGACACCUGUCAAGGUGCUGAACUGUGACACCAUCUCCCAGGUGAAAGAGAAAAUCAUAGAGCAGGUGUACAAGAACCUGCCAUAUUCCCUGAGGCCCAAGGUCGACAGUGUCACGCUGGAGUGGCGUCCGGGCUCAACGGGGCAGAUUUUGUCAGAUCUGGAUUUGACAUCCCAGAAAGAGGGCAGGUGGAAACGUGUCAACACUCUGGCACACUAUAACGUUCGAGAUAAUGCCACAUUAGUCUUAUCCAGAAUGGCCCACACUCAGCAGAACUAUGACCAGAACCAGGAAAACCAUGAAGAGCGAAAUGCUCUGUUGGAAGAUGACAAGGUGUUUCACUUGGUGAGGCCGGCAGAGGAACUGGAUGAGAUCAAAUCUAAACGAGGAAGCAUAAAGGACAAGUCGAUGACCAAAGCCAUUACAGAGAUCUAUCUAACACGACUCCUUUCUGUUAAGGGAACACUGCAGCAGUUUGUGGAUGACUUCUUCCGCAGUGUGCUGUGCUCUGGGGCAGUAGUGCCACCAGCUGUCAAAUAUUUCUUUGACUUCCUUGAUGAGCAGGCACAGAAACAAAACAUGGAUGAGGAGACCAUCCAUAUCUGGAAGACUAAUAGCCUUCCUCUGCGUUUCUGGGUCAACAUCCUCAAGAAUCCCCACUUCAUCUUCGAUGUUCACGUGUCCGAGGUGGUGGACGCCUCGCUCUCCGUCAUCGCCCAGACUUUCAUGGAUGCCUGCACCAAAAGCGAGCACAAACUAAGCCGGGACUCUCCAAGUAACAAACUACUCUAUGCAAAGGAGAUCUCCACCUAUAAGAAGAUGGUGGAUGAUUACUACAAAGGCAUCAGGCAGAUGGUACCCGUUAGUGACCAAGACAUGAACACUCAUCUGGCAGAGGUGUCACGGUCCCACACAGACAAACUGAACACACAAGUGGCUCUCCAUCAGCUUUACCAGUAUGCCAGCAAGUACUAUGAUGGGAUCAUCACAUCCUUAGACGAGGACCCAGCUGCCCAGAGUAAACAGCUGAUGGAAAACAUUACCCUGCGGCACCAGCAGAUAGCAGCCGCCCUGGAAAACAAAGUGACUGAUCUCUAA